AUGCAGCUCCAGGUUCCAUAUCGUGAUUUGUUCUCAAGGUCAUCUAUACGGUUUUCUCUCGACCAGGAUCCUCUGAAUCACCCAUGUGUUCAUUCAUUUGAUUGCUCCUGUUGUCAAAGCUGUUCAAUAUGCGGUCAUGGUCAUCUUGGGGUGAUCCGGACCGAGAAAAGUGACUCUGCCGUUCGCACGAGCUACCGAGAUGAGGAAAGCUCAGACUCUCCCUUGGACAAAAAUACCAAAGUGUGCAUUAUCGGGGCAGGGAUUGCAGGCCUGUAUCUCGCGCUGAUUUUGCAAGAUCUUGAAAUCCCAAAUCUGUCCUGGGAUAUCCUCGAGGCCAAUCGGGAUCGCAUUGGCGGUCGCAUUUAUACCCAUCGCUUCUCCGAGGCUCAUAAUGACUACUAUGACGUGGGCGCAAUGCGCUUUCCGCAGAUUCCAAUCAUGUCUCGUGUAUUUGAUCUCUUUCACCGAAUGCAAGUGCCAUUGAAGGAGUUCCAUAUGCGAGACAGAAGCACGAACACGAAGGGCUAUGAUAUCUCCAAGACUGAAGAAGAUAGCUCAUCUGCCAAUCUCCUCAGUCAAUCCUUCGGUCCGUUUAAAAAGGCCAUGCAAAAGGACUUUGUGCAUGGUUUCCAGCUGCUGAUGCAAGCCGAUGCAAUGAGCACCCGUGAAUACCUACGAGGCAGCCACAAGACAGACUUCCGGACAAUCCAGUCUGCCGAAAGCAACACGACCGGCACCGGCAUGUUUGAUCAAGCCUUUUCAGAGAGUGUCAUGGACUUCUUCGAUCUCGAUCAACCCAUGACAGGGCCCCGGGACAGUGGGGUAGACAUUAAAUGGUAUUCUAUAGAUGGCGGCUCUUCAGUGGUGAUUGAGCGAAUGUCCGAUCAAAUUAACAGAAACAGCACCAUCGAACUCGGGAAACAAGUUCGUCGAAUUGCCAUCAACGGUGGCACCGAUCUAUCGGUCUCGUGUGCAGGUGAAGAAAAGGCUCGUGAUGGUUAUGCGACGGUGUUCAGCACUACCCCAUUGGCAUGCCUACAGCGCAUCGACACUACGUCACUCCACCUUGAUCCUAUUCAAGAGGAGGCCAUCCGGUGUCUGCGGUAUGAAGACUCUACUAAAGUCGGUAUCAAGUUUGCAUACCCAUGGUGGGUCGUAGACUGCGGGCUUCGAGGGGGUGGUAGUGCCUCGUCGACCCUGCCCUCGCGGACCUGCGUCUACCCGUCGCAUAUUUCCGAGGCGGCGUGGGACCAGCCAGCUGUUCUGCUGGCCUCAUACACGUGGGGCCAAGAUGCCACUCGCAUGGGCGCCCUUAUCAGUAGUCCGUCUUCCGCCAGCUCUGACCUGGGUGAGGAUGAGCUGCUGGAUCUUGUUCUCCGCGAUCUCGUCCAACAACAUCGGCAGUACGGAAUCACGUACGAGAAGCUGCAGGGUUUGUACCUGGAUCAUCAUGCCUUUUGCUGGGGCAAUUCGCGCUUUUCGUCGGGGGCCUUUGCGCUGUUUGCUCCAGGGCAAUUUACCAAUCUCUAUCCUUCCUUGUCCCUCCCAGCAGCCGAUGGCAAGUUCCAUAUUGUCGGGGAAGCCUCUAGUGUUCAUCACGGGUGGGUGGUUGGCUCUCUGAACAGUGCGUACGCGGCGGUCUAUCGAUUCUUGCUUCGAUAUGGACAAAGGCGGGCCAUCCAGAAGCUGGAGAAAAACUGGGGAACCGUGCACGAGUUGGAUCUUGCUGGUGUUGCUGAGCUUGAUCGGUCGAGCUAA